AUGAGAUCUUCGGUGACAUUACAUAACCGUCUGUUAGAGUCCGUAAUCAGAGCUCCGAUCGCUUUCUUUGACAAAUACCCGAUCGGAAUGAUUCUCAAUCGGGUUUCACGUAUAAUCGAUGACUUACUUCCGUCUAAUGCUUUCGAUAGCAUUCAGAUACUAAUGGAUUGCUUCGCUAUACUUGUGCUCUGCAUUCUCGUUGAUUAUUGGAUAGUUAUUCCCACUCUUGUACUAUUAGUGCUCUUAAUAAUUGUCCGACAGUUCAGUUUGGGAACCAUUAGGACACUGAAAAAAGUUGAGGGCACGGCUAGGAGUCCCACAUUCAGUCACUUGGCCUCAACGUUGAACGGCUUGACAACCAUCCGGUCAUUCGGUGCCGAAAAGGACUUCUCAGCCAAGUUUGACAGUCUUCAGGACCAGCACUCGAACACAUACUUCCAGUUCAUGACAUCCACGCGUUGGUUCGGUAUUGUAUUGGACCAGCUCUGCCUCCUUUACACCAUAGCGCUAACCAUUGCACUCGUGAGCGGCGAUUUGGACGCUCAGAGCGGCAGCGCGAUCGGACUGACUCUUUCGCAGGCGUUUCAGUUGACGACAAACUUUCAGUGGGGUAUUAGACAGUCGGCUGAAGUCGAGACUCAGAUGACAUCCGUUGAAAGAGUCGAUGAAUUGCGAAGAAUUGACAGAGAAUUUGAGAGUGAAGUCAAACCACCGAAAGGUAUGACUGGCCAUCAAAAGGACAAAUAGUGAUGAAAGACGUGAGCCUUCAUUACGAGGGAAGCGAUUCUCCAGUUCUUCAUAACAUUAAUCUUGAGAUAAAAGGCGGCGAAACUGUGGGUAUAGUCGGCCGGACGGGCGCCGGAAAGUCAUCCGUAAUCACAACUCUGUUCCGAAUGACCGCUCCGUCCGGUGUUAUAGAGAUCGACGGCAUCGACACCUCUGCCAUCAGUUUGUCUUAUUUGCGACAAAACAUUUCAAUCAUACCUCAGGAACCGAUACUCUUCACGGAAACUGUGCGC